AUGGAUUCUUCUAGAUCUUCAACUCUCGGUCUGUUUUUGGUCAUCAAUUUGCUUUUCUUUGUGAUGGCAAAUGGCUGCUUCACUUGUACACAGCCUAAUCCAAAGCCUAACCCAUUCCCUUUCCCAAACCCAACUCCUGCUACAAAGAGUUGUCCCAGAGAUGCACUAAAGUUAGGUGAAUGUGCUAAGAUUCUUAAUGGACCAAUUGGUGCAGUUGUGGGGUCACCACCAGAUCACCCAUGUUGCUCGGUGUUAGAAGGACUCAUUGAUCUUGAAGUUGCACUUUGUCUCUGCACUGCCAUUAAAGCUAACAUACUUGGCAUUAAUCUUAACAUUCCCAUUUCACUUAGCUUGAUCCUUAACGCCUGUGAGAAAACACCACCCUCUGACUUCCAAUGUGCCUAG